CUAAGAAGAAACAGGACAUGCCCUGUCUCAGGUUUCAGAGUGGAAAAGGGGAGAAAAUAAAGGAGACUGGACGGGCGCCUUUCUGUGGGGACACUGAACUUUUUUAUGGAGCCAGUCAGACUGGAGAAUGAAGAUCUGUGCAGGGUUAACAGUUUUCCUGACUAGUGUUUUCUUCAGAGAUAUUUGUGCAGCCAUUAAUGCCACGGUCACUCCAUCUCCAUUCCUGGUGGCAGUUGAGGGUGAGAACGUCACUCUAUCAUGUCAGGUGAACCAGUGGCACAAAUCAGACACUGCUCUUGUGCUACGCUGGAUUUUCCAUCCCACGUCUGGAGGAGACGAGCAGCUCCUUGCCAAAGUGAACAUGAGGAGGGCCAAAUUCUAUGGAAACUACAGCAAGAGCUUCCCCAAACCCAAGAUUAAGUUAAUAGUAGUGAAGCAGGGCAAGAUCUACAACCUCUUGAUCAUCAACAUUACCAGAGAUGACAGAGGCUUGUACAGCUGCAAAGUGCAGGAGUUUAAGAAGCAUCAGGACAGAUGGAAAUCGUCUGCCAACUCCACAGCAGCGACAGAACUUAAAGUGCACUUCCUUCCAUCCACCAAUGCCAAGGACGGGCUUUGGACCCUGUUUGAAGAUGUGUAUCUGUGUGCGGUGCUGAUAUGUUGUGUAGGGCUCUUGUGCAUGUGUAUGUUUACUGUGACAGUAGGCUGCCAGUAUCUGCAAAAGAAGAGGCAUUUAAAAGAAAAUUACCAUUUGGUGAAGAGUCCCCAAAACAGUUCUGGAGAAACAGUCACAAGUGUAGUUAGUCUAUCUCCAGCUCUUCCCAAGAAGCAAAAGAAUUACAAGAUGAAGAAAAAAGCAGAACAAGUGGAGGAGCCACCAGAGAUCCCAGCUAAAGCACCCAUUGCUGACAGACUGAGAAAGCCAAAACUUUUAAAACCUCAACCAAGAAAGAUCAUUUUGCCAAAGAUUGCAGAGGAGAGUUUAACUUACGCAGAACUUGAACUGGUGAAACCUCUCCCAGAUGCCAAAACUUCAAAGACAGGAACUGUGUACGCCCAAAUCCUUUUUGAAGACAAAAUGGUGUAGGACAAAAUCGUUUUGCUUUAUCAUUGAUUAUUUAUAAUGCUCAAUAUUAUUGACAAUGUCUAGUAAACUUUUGUCACCAGAUUUGUAACAUAGUGUUGAAUUGUAAUUCUUUGUUCAUGUUGUGUUUUAUUAUUUUUAUUAUUGAAAAACUCAAACACUCUGCAUAUAGACUGCUACACAAGACGCCGGGCCGACUGACGGCUCAGAUAGUGGUAAAGAACAUUCCACUGUGUUUUGUCUGACACAUCUCAUAGCUGUAUAAACAGCCAUUUUUAACCAUCGACUCCCCUGUAACUACUCCUGUUAUCAGAGGUCCCCUUUCAUUUGAGUGCCAAGAUCAACUCCCUGCUCGGCAAUGCACGAAUUAGUGAUCCAAGGUAGAGCUUGAUUGCUAGUUAGAGCUGGAGAUCCAGACGUGAGCAAAAUACUGAAAAAAUCAUGUUUGCUUUAAUCACUGUAUAUGACGUUAUGUUUAUCUCUUUAGUGCAUGCUAAACUAAUGUAUGAGCAAAAUGCUGACUGAAAUGAUAAUGAGAACCUUCAUAUCUGUAUCCACCAAUGUAUAGAGAUCAAAAUCAAAAUAUCUGUAAUUGCCAUUCAACGUACAUCAACAUUAUUGAAUUCCUAAAAAAAAACCUGUAUAUAUGUAUAUACUGUACACACACACACACACACACAUACACACACACACACCAAGAAGCCAAUUUAUAUGGUAGUAAAUAGGUGGAGCUGGCAAUCUUGAAAAUCUGUGUAUGUGCAACAGCAUAACACAACACAUGCACAGUUGUAACCUAUGACAAUAUAAAACAGUACACUCUCAAAAAAAAAAAAAGAGAGAAAGAAAAUGGUACUUUUCUUGCUAUUGGUGUGAUACCAUUUUCUUUUGUACCUGGAAAUGUGGAUAUAAUCUGGGUUAAAAAAGAUUUAAGGUACAUAACUGAAUUGUAAUUGCCUUUUACAGUAAAGUUUUAAGGUGCACUACAUGUAAGGUGUACACUUGAGGGUAUCACCCCAAAAGGAACGGUACCGUGUGUACAGUAUUGUAGCAUAGUACUGUAAUACAACUUCGUGAUUGUGAUGAGUGUGAAUAGAAGAGAUUUGACCUAUUGCACAGUGUAAUAAUUAAAAAAAUAUAUAUCACACAAUAAACCACAAUAAGAACAUUUGCAUAAAUAUCUAUUAUAACUGUUCAUUAUAGACAGAUGGAAGUGGACAACCACUAUUCCUGAGCAGCUUAACUGGAACUCAUCUGCAUCUUUUCCCAUAUUUUAUUGUUUUUAUUCACUAUGUCUUAUUAAUCCAAUGGCCUCCGCUCUGGAAAAACUUCACGUUCCGAACAAACAGAAACCAACAUGGAAACACUCAUGUUGCAAAGAAUUAUGGGAUGUCAUUAACCUCUUCCAUUUAGAAAAGGGUACUGACAUUAUAACAAACCUUCAUCUGGGAACGUUAUUUAACUGUGAAAAUGAAACACUCCUCCAAACCUUACUGAGCGUAAUAGCAGGCCACUGCGUGCACUACUAAUAAGUACCAGCUGUGAAUUCGGCACAACAAGGCCAUCCUAAGCUCACGCAAACAGCACACGCUGCAUCGAUUUCUCUCUUUCCAGCCACACACUUACAUCAGCAUACUGCUAAAGUUUCAUAAAAGAUUAAGAGAUUGUGCAAUUUGUGUAAACAUGUUGACAUGGUAACCAGGUUAACUUGAUUAAUGUAUACCUUAUAUGUGUCCUGUAUGUAUUGUUUCUUAUUUGUAUUGUUUUUUAUAAAGUAUAAAAAAGUCAAA